AUGGUACACCUGACCAUAGAUCUGAUUGCUAAAUCUAGAAACCACUUCAAAAAGAAAAGGGGCCUCUCCUUCCGAGAGUACCUCAAGACACUCACCCACCUCCACUUUUCCAGCAAGAAUAUUGAGGAUAUUGGUGAUCUCUCCAUUUGUAGAAACCUCACUGUCCUCUACCUGUAUGAUAAUCAGAUCACACACAUUCACAACCUCGGCUUUGCCUCCAACCUCACCCAUCUGUAUUUGCAGAACAACAGCAUCACUCAUAUUGAUAAUCUCUCCAAUCUGCAGAAGCUCUCCAAACUGUAUCUGGGUGGAAACAGGAUCGCAGUGGUGGAGGGCUUAGAGAAGCUUUGUGAGCUCAAGGAGCUUCAUCUGGAGAAUCAGAGGCUGGCACCAGGGGAAAAGUUGCUCCUUGACCCCAGGACUCUGCUCUCACUGGCUGAAUCUCUUUGUGUGCUGAAUAUCAAUAACAACAACAUCGAUGACAUCAGGGACCUAACAGUGCUGAAGGAACUCCAGCAGUUUUCUGCUGCUGAUAAUAAACUGCACAGCAUGGAGGAGUUAGAGGAUGUGUUCAGCCGCUGGCCUCAGCUGCUUCAAAUGGAUUUGAGUGGAAAUCCUGUGUGUAAAAAACCAAAGUACAGAGACCGCCUGAUAACCGUGUGCAAAAUCCUCGAGGUUCUCGAUGGCAGGGAAAUUAAUGAGUUAACCAGACAGUUCCUUAUUAACUGGAAAGCAUCCAAAGAGGCGAAGAAGAAAAAAAGCAGACCAUCGGUCUCUGAGCCCUUAACAAAUGACUUUAACAGGGGUCAGGUUCCACAUCCUGGUCACAUCUACAGCCACGCUAACAUUCAGAGGUGGAAUCUGCAGCACUCUCUCAGGGCACAAAAAUUAAAGAUUCCCGUGUGUGGACUUCUCAGUCAUGUGGCUGUCUCAUCGCCCAUCUGCAGUCAUGUGGAUGCUUAA